UGUAAUUCACCUGCAGGGUCACAACAACAAGUGAAAUUCCCGUCUGAAGCAGCCGCCUGAGAUUCCCGGUAGCACCACAGUGUGCGCCCAGCUAGAGGGGGGUCUAAUGGUACACCGACCUGGUGUAGUCAUGCUGCUCCUGUUCCUCUUUGCCGUCGCUCCGGUUUCUCCAACCGCGGCCCGGUACAACGCGACCUGGGCGAGUUUGGACGCCAGACCGCUGCCUUCUUGGUACGACGAGGCCAAGCUGGGGAUUUUUAUCCACUGGGGUGUGUUUUCCGUCCCCGGCUUCGACAGUGAGUGGUUUUGGUGGCACUGGCAGGGCCAGCAGCCCCCGGACCAGAAGUGUGUGAGCUACAUGUCCCAGAACUACCCGCCUGGGUUCAGCUACCCGGAGUUUGCGCCUCGGUUUCACGCUCAGUUCUUCAACCCGGAGGAGUGGGCGGACAUCUUCAAGGCGUCCGGCGCGAAGUAUGUCGUCCUGACUGCCAAACACCACGAAGGAUUUACUAACUGGGGCUCUCCAAACUCCUGGAACUGGAACUCUGUUGAUACCGGUCCUCACAGGGACCUAGUGGGAGACCUGGGAGAGGCAGUGCGCAACAGGUCAUUGCACUAUGGACUCUACAACUCCUUGUUUGAGUGGUUCCACCCUCUCUACCUGACUGACAAGAAGAAUGGAUUCAAAACACAGGAGUUUGUGAUGCAUAAACUACUGCCAGAGCUUUAUAACAUGGUUGUAAGGUACAGACCUGAGGUGAUCUGGUCUGACGGGGACUGGGAGGCACCUGACACCUAUUGGAACUCCACCCAGUUCCUGGCCUGGCUCUACAAUGACAGCCCUGUUAAAGAUACCAUUGUGACCAAUGACAGAUGGGGAGCUGGCUGUGCCUGUAAACACGGUGGCUACUAUAACUGUGAAGACAAGUAUACUCCAGGCCAGCUGCCCAAGCACAAGUGGGAAAAGUGCACAUCUGUAGACAGGCUUUCCUGGGGUUACCGGCGGAACAUGAAGAUGAGCGAACUGAUGGACUUACCCACCAUCAUAGAGGAUCUGGUUCGUACUGUGGCCCUUGGAGGUAACUACCUUCUGAAUGUGGGUCCCACACCUGAUGGGAUGAUCCCUGCCGUGUUUGAGGAGAGGCUCAGGGGUGUUGGAGCCUGGCUAGAGAUCAACGGGGAGGCCAUCUACGCCUCUACACCCUGGAGGGUUCAGAGAGAAAACACCACUGUGCCAGUCUGGUAUACAUCUAAAGGGACCACCGUCUAUGCCAUCAUGACAGCCAAACCUUCCAAGCCCACAGUGCAACUGUUGGAACCCAAAACAUCAGCAACCACCAAGGUGACAUUACUGGGGAGUCCAAAGUCCUUACCCUGGUCCCCAGUCCACCCAAAUGCUGGCCUUAUUGUCCUUCUGUCUGAGCUGCCAUAUACCCCCGGUCUGGCCUGGACACUGAAGCUGGACGGUAUCCAGUGAGCCUUCAACACCUGGUGUUCAACUUCUGCAAAGCUGAAUAUUUAGAACUUAAUAAACUCAGGUUUACAAUAUGCUUGUGGGAUAAGGGGAAACUUAUGCCCUAUAUGACUGAAGGGACAACGCUUGUGUAAUGGGUCUGUAUUUUUGCCAAAAAUGAAAUGGUUCACACUCCUCUUCAGUGA